AUGGACUCUGGAUUUUUCAAACCCCUCAGUAUGGCUAUGUCCUAUAUUGUGAUUCUGCUUGCGAUGGCGUGUCCUUACAUGGCAUUUGAUAUGGGUCAGUCCACUCGCUGCGUCACGAUUCCGAACCAGAUGAAGGUCUGCAGGGAUGUUGGAUACUCAGAAAUGAGACUGCCCAACUUUUUGGGUCACAGCAACUUGGAAGGAGAGGUUGUGCCUCGUUCAGAGGACUGGAGGCCUCUGCUGCAGACAGGCUGCCACCCUCAAGCCCAGGCCUUUCUCUGCUCUCUUAUCGCCCCCGUCUGCCUUGACACGUAAGGAGAAUUUGUGUUUCUUCUUCUUUUCCUACUCUCUUUUUGUGCAUAUCUUUUGUCAAAUCUUGGAAAAAAAAAUCUAGGUCAUUGUGUAACAUUUUUUUCUCUCGUUUUCUCUACAGUUUCAUCCAGCCAUGCAGGAGUCUGUGUGUGGCAGUCAGAGACAGCUGUGCCCCUGUUCUUGCUUGUCAGGGUCACCCUUGGCCCGAGGCUCUUGAUUGUGACCGCUUUCCUGCUGAGGAAGAUAUGUGCCUUUCUCCUCAUGCAAAAUUCAGCCACUUUGCCAAAGGUGGGUUUUUACCACACAUCAAGUAUUCAAGCUGAUUUUACUUGGCUGUCUGAUCUACCCAAGAUUAUAAUUCCUAUGUUUUAUUGCAUGGAUCCUGCAGUUAUAUUAAAUCCUUGUUUGCUUAUUGCCACAGACUUGCCCAAACCUGCAUGCCAGAAUUGCCCAGCUGUGGAAGAGGCUCCUGCAAUGAAAACAGUCCUGGAUGCUUUUUGCCACCAUGACUUUGGUAAGUAAUAGUAUUCUUCUAGGAAGCUGUGUUUGUUUUAUAUUCAUUGUUUGGCCAUUUUUGUUUUUCUUUGAUUGAGUUUCAAGUUUGUUAAUUGAAUUUAAUAUUUUAUCUGCAGCUGUAACAGCCAAGAUUCAUCGCCAUCGCCAACCAACAGGAGAGCCUGAGUUUGAGGUUGAUGGCCGGGUUGAGUUUAUCCGCCAGGGCCCUCUACUGCCUUACGACACACGACACCUUCUCCAGCAGUGGCUCCUCAUCAACCUUCGAUGUGCCAAUAUUCUCGUGCGCCCCGGACGCGCACAGCUCUAUGUGCUGACUGGUUCUGUGCAGCCUGAUGGAAGCCUUGCUCUCACCAAACUCUUCCCUUGGCACAAAAAAGAUGCAAACAUUGCAGUGGCUACUCGUAAGUGGAAGCACCACAGAUGUUAA